AUGCUACAACUUGCCGAAUUUUAUUUCAAUGUGGACCAUGGCUACCUGGAGGGUCUGGUCCGAGGACACAAAGCCUGCCUCCUGACCCAGGAUGACUACAAUAACUUGGUGCAGUGUGAAACUCUCGAAGACCUGAAAAUUCAUCUUCAGACUACAGAUUAUGGCAACUUUUUGAAUGAAGAAACUGUCCCACUCACAGUUUCUACCAUUGACAACAAAAUGAGGAAAAAAUUAUGUAGAGAUUUUGAGCAUUUAAGAAACAAUUCCCUGGAGCCGCUCAGCACAUUUUUCACAUAUAUGACGUGCAGUUAUAUGAUUGAUAAUGUGAUUCUGCUGAUCAAUGGUGUGCUACAAAAGAAAUCUGUCAAGGAUAUUCUUAAGAAGUGUCACCCCCUGGGAAGUUUUUUGCAAAUGGAAGCUAUCAACAUCGUGGAGACACCCUCAGAUCUGUUCAAUGCUGUUCUGGUUGAAACACCUUUGGCUCCUUUCUUUCAAGACUGCAUGUCUGAAAAUACCCUUAAUGAAGUGAAUAUUGAAAUAAUGCGUAAUAAACUCUACAAGUCAUACCUUGAGGCUUUCUACAAAUUUUGUAAAGAACAUGGUGAUGUCACAGCAGAAGUAAUGUGCCCCAUUCUUGAGUUUGAGGCUGACAGACGUGCUUUUAUCAUCACACUUAAUUCCUUCGGCACGGAGUUGAGCAAAGAAGACCGAGAGACACUGUAUCCAACCUGUGGUAAACUGUAUCCAGAAGGAUUGCGCCUGUUAGCUCAAGUAGAAGAUUAUGAGCAAAUGAAGAUGGUGGCUGAAAACUAUUUAGAGUACAAGCUAUUAUUUGAAGCUGUUAAUGACAAUCCUGAAGGAAAGUCAUUGGAAGAUGUAUUUUAUGAACAUGAGGUAAAAUUGAAUGUACUAACCUUCAACAGGCAGUUCCACUAUGGAGUAUUUUAUGCUUACAUAAAGCUGAAGGAACAAGAGAUGAGAAAUAUUGUAUGGAUUGCUGAAUGCAUUUCACAAAGACAUCGAACAAAAAUUAACAAUUAUGUUCCUAUUUUGUAACUGAGUGGGACAAACAAGGUUAGAAAAUCAACUAAGACAAAUGUGGCUCUUGUGAAAAAUGAUAAUGGGUAUUUUGCUAUAUGCUCUGGGCUACACAAAAAUAAACAAAACUUUAUCUUACCAUGUAAUCAGAUCUGUUAUUAAACCUUAUAAAUUAACACUACAAUAAUAGG